AUGCGUUUUUUGUAUGACCAGGAGGUACCACCUCCGGGUAGCCCUACCCUUGGCGACGAAGAGAACCAGAAGCAGUUGCAGCGACUUCUGGCUGAUAAAAUCAACACGUAUGCUCCUAUUGACGACCUACGCCUACUGUUGGUAUCUGGAGCAAAGGUAUGAAUCAUUGUGGCAAUUACUGUAAUUUUGAAAUAGGCUGAUGGCGUCGUUACAUUGGGACUAACGCCUCUUCACUAUGCUUGCCAUAAGAACUACUUUGACGCUGCCAGGCUUCUUAUUGUAAGAGGGGCAAAAGUAGAGGCAGUAGAUGAAGUUGGCUAUUCGGCGCUUCAUUUAUGUGCAGAAAAAGGAAGCUUCCGAUUGCUGAAAUUGCUAUUAGAGGUGGGCCUUUUUAUGACAAAACAAUACAUGUUUCAAAUUUAUAAUCAAUUUCUUAUUCUAGCACAUGGUAAACCCUGACAAGUACUUGUCAUUCGAAAGUAAAGAUCAGCCCUACCCUAUACGAGAUGGUGCAGACGAGCCGCUGAGACUAGCCAUUUAUCAAAAGCAUUAUGAGUGUGCAAAACUUUUGCUCGAAAUGGGUGCAGAUCCAAAUGCAAAGUACUUUGAUGGUCCUCAAAUUACCCUGGUAGACCCCAAAGACAUAAAAUAUAUAAAAUUACUGGUAGGUGUUUUCGAACCAUUACCAUACAAAAUUUUGUAGCUCGAAUACGGAGCCGAUCCAAAUGUACGGUCACGGAAAGGUGUCACACCGUUAAUGAAGGCUUGUGAAAGUGGAGAAACAUCGUUCGAAUCGGUGAAACUUCUACUAAAUCACAAUGCGGAAGUUAACGUACUAAACUCAAAGUCAUCGUAUCCCAUGACAGCGUUACAUUACGCAGUAGGAAGCGGUUAUGUUGAUACUGUGCGCCUUCUAUUGGAAGUAAGUAUUGGAGAAUCCUGAUUAUUAUUUUACGGUAAAUUUAUGACAAUCAUCAUUACUUACAUACGUAGUGUGGGCAUUGUUUUGUUUAUAGAUGACUGAUUUUUAUGUUUAGAAUGGAGCAAAGCAAAACUUGAAACCAGAAUCAGAAUACAACACCCAACGUUUCCCGCCGGUGCUUCAUUUUGCAAUUAUGUCGGGAAACUUGGAUAUUGUUCAGCUUCUAAUUGACUACGGAGCUAAUUUACAUACUCCAGAUGGGGUCUACGGUAAUGCGGUACACUUGGCAGUUUGUUUCCGAAUCGAAGCUGUUGAUACAGUGGAGAUGAUUGAAUUACUCUUAAACAAUGGAGCCGAUGUUAAUAUGGGAGUAAUCAACCCACACAAUGUGUUUGUACGACCACCAAUAGAGGAAUUUUUCCGGAGACUCUACAAAUAUGAAAUAGAAACCAACCACGGAUACAGACACUGGGUCAAAAUCGUCAAGUUAAUGUUUUCGUACGGUGGAAAAUUUAAUAUUUCUCCUGCAUCUGUAGACGUAAAGUCCAUGGCCGUUCCUACAGCGAAGCCAUGGCCAAAGUAUGCUGACAACUUGAACUUCUAUUUAUUAAAAAUGGCAGCCAACGUUGAGAAUGUGGAGCUUAUUGAGCCCGAGAACUCAAUAUACAUUUCAAGGGAGCAAAUCCACGAACUUAAAACGUGAGUACUUUGUUCUUUUGCAAAUUGGUAAAUUUUACGUUCUAGACAGCCACGAAAACUGCUCGAAAAGUGCAGGAUAUACAUUCGUGCCAACUUUGAUAUAUCACCAAGCACAGUGAAUCAACUGCCAUUAAGUCCCCUUAUGAGAGAGUACGUUCUUGGUACAACUGACCUUCCUCAAGCUUGA